CAUAGAUCUGUUUAAGUAAGCUGUGCUUUCGGAAAUUCCCGAUGAGAAACCGAAACCCCUCACCUCGUUACUCGGAAACCUAUUUAUUUCAUAUCGAAGCUCGAUUUCACUGCAAGCUGUCGCUUUAGCCUCACCCUCACGGUUCGCUCCAAGUAACCUCAACUUUGCAAUGCGUCCCCUCACAGAAGACGAAAGCAAAGCCGUUUUCACAAAACUUGCCAACUACAUUGGAAAGAACCUCAUCCACCUCAUCGACCGCAAGGAUGAGCCAUAUUGUUUCAGGCUGCAUAAAGAUAGGGUCUACUACGUCUCAGAAUCGUCGAUGCGCAUGAGCAUAUCGGUCGCUCGGCCAAAUUUCGUCAGCGUUGGCACUUGCUUCGGAAAAUUCAGCAAAAGCGGCAAGUUCAAGUUGCAUGUAACGGCGCUUGAUCAUAUCGCACAAUAUGCAAAAUACAAGGUUUGGAUCAAAUCAAACGGAGAGAUGCCGUUCCUGUACGGCAAUCAUGUUGUGAAGGCGCAUCUUGGCCGGAUAACAGAAGAUACUCCUGAGCAUCAAGGGGUGGUGGUCUUCAGUAUGAGUGAUGUACCACUAGGCUUUGGCGUCACAGCCCGGUCAACGGUAGAUACCCGGAAACUAGAUCCAACAGCCAUAAUCGUCUUUCAUCAAGCUGACGUUGGUGAAUACCUAAGAGACGAGGAAACCUUAUUUUGAUCGCUCCACUUUUCUUUUCAUUCGUUCUUUUGUGGUUUUGUAGUGCUUCGUCACGCGUAGAUCGCGUAUCACACCGUCCCUUUACUCUGGUAAAAGUAUCGUAGUUUCACCUUACGGAUGAAAGUUCUGUCUAUUUAUCGGUAGAAGGUAUAUGAUCCUACAUAUUUACAUUGAGUGAUGAAUAUCCGUCACAAGACGUGAAGUACACUGGAAU